AUGGCUACUGUGGAAGUUAAGCUGCAGGAACCAGAGAAAUGCUCAGCCCGUCAACCCUGCAUGAACUGGAGGAGGCGCGGGCGCGAGAAGCACAGGGCGCAGCUGCGGACAGAACCGGAAGCGGAAGCGGGGCCAGGGCUACGGAAGUUCCGUGUGCCUUGCGCGUGCACGUGCGCCUGCGCAGUCCGCCCCGCCCUCAGCGCGCCUGCGCUAUCUGCCCCACCAGCCUCGCGCGCGCCUGCGCCGAUCAUGCCCCCUCGCGCGCAACUGCGUCUAACUCGCCCCGCCCCCAACUCGCGCCUGCGCCAAACUCACCCCGCCCCCUGGUUACACCCGCGCCGAUUUCGCCCCGCCCCAGCGCGCGCCUGCGCCGACGGCGCCCCCUCGUACGAACGCGCCUGCGCGGCGUUGCCUGGCAACCGGUUGGACGCGCGCGCCAUGGAGCAGCGAGGCUGCACCGUGAGCCAGGCGGUGCAGGAGCACCUGCGGCAGCUGUGUCUGCACGACUUCCCCUGCGGCCUGGGCAGCUGGAACAGGUCCCGCUUUGCCCCCGGGCCCUCGCACCAGCCGCAGAGCCCGCAAGAGGAGCCGGUGGACGCGCUGCUCGGCCUGGCCUGCAGCCCGUCGUCCCCCUGGGCCCUGCCCGAGGGUGCCAGCGCCGAGGACCGCUUCCUGAAGGAGCUGGCCAUCCGCAAGCCCCGGCAGAUCAAGGACAGCUUCUUCUACUCGUACUUCAAGUCCCUGCGUGUGGUGGACAAGAAGGUGAGUCUGGUGGACAAGGAGCUCCUGAGGUUCGUGAGGCUGGAGGAACUCAUCCUGAGCGCCAAUCAGAUCCAGGACAUCCACAGCGCCCACCUGCCCAGGACACUCAAGGUCCUAGAACUCUACGGCAACCAGCUGAGCAGCCUGGAGUGUCUGUGCGAGCACCCGCCACCCCUCCUGCAGCACCUGGGCGUGGGUCACAACCAGCUGCUGGGCCCCUCCGAGUGCCUGUUCCUCACCGCCAAAUACUGGCCCCACCUAGUGUCUUUGGAUCUGAGCUUCAACAACCUGAUGGACCUGGAGGCCCUGAUGGCCGCCCUGCGCUCACUGCAGCAUCUGCGGCUACUGGUCCUGCAGGGGAACCCGCUGGCCCUGGUGGCGCAUUAUCGUGGCUUCACCAUCGACAGCCUGGCAUCCCUCUGCGUGCUCGACGACCUCACCGUGUCCCCCAGCGAGAAGUACCAGUUCCGGGGGCUCGGCUUCGAGGGGGGCCUGCUGGAGAACAAGGCGCAGAUCGUGGUGACCGUGGGUGCCAUACGGGGGCUUGUGGACUGCUCCCUGUGGGACCCCGAGCCAGGCCCGCACGGCCCCUUCAUCACCUACGGCUACUACGUCACCUACGACUUCGUGGAGGAUGAGGAGAGCGUGAAGGAGGAGUUUGAGCGGGUGCUGGCCGAGAUCGUUCGGCCGCCGUCCAUGGACCAGUUCAGCCAGAUGCCUGGUGAGGAGGAAGAGGAGCUGGAGGAGGAAGCGACGGCCGUGGCCGCAGAGGCCGAGGCCGAGGCUGAGGAGGCUGAAGAGGCGGAGGAGGCGGUGGAGGCAGAGGAGGCAGAGGAGACAGAGGUCGAGACCCUGAAGGAGGAGGAGCGGAUGUCCCUGGACACAGCCAUGGAGGACUCUGAUUUAUCGGGCGAGUCCACAGUCAUCCAGAGCCCCUCGAGGACCAGGGACUCGGAGGAAAACGAUCUGACCAAGCUGCGGCCCCUGGUUGAUCUCCGGGUGGUCCCGUCCCCCGGGACCGUGCUCUUCAGCACCGAGCACAAACCCUACGCGGAUGUCAUUUCCUAUGGCUACCAGAUGCUGCACAGCUUCAAGGGUCUGGCACCUCUCAAGACCUUCCUGUUGUCUGGAACAACGGUCACUGUGGUGGAGGAGAAGAUCCUGUCUUGGCAUGUGGUGUCGCCUCCUCCCAGCCCAACAAUGCCGAAGAAAGACAAAGGGGACAAGAAAGGGAAGCAGAAGGACGAGGGGAAGGACGCCAAAAAGGAGAAAGAUGAGAAGAGCAAAGGGCCCCAGAUGCUGACGAAGAAGAAAGUGGUCCCCAAGGAACUCCGCCAGGAUGCCCCCAUCCUGCGGGUGCUGGGCAGAACCCACGUCCCUCUGGAGCCCCUGGUGGCCGGGGAGCCCACAGUCUCCACCGUGGUCAACUUGGGAGUGAUCCGCACCGUGGAGACGGACAGGACGACCUACAUGAGGAGCUCAAGGACCAAGAGCAAGAAAGGCCGGAGAGGUGAGGCCGAUGCCGCUGGGGCUGGGGCGGCCCAGCUGUCAGGGCUGUGCCUGGGCGGGGAUCGGAUCCUGGGCCUCUGGCAGCGGUGCGCUGACGCAGAGCCCCCCUGGUCGUGGGGGUUUGGGGGGAGCCGGGCGAAUGACGGGCGCAGGCAGGGCAGCCCGGGCGGAUCUGAUGCCCGGAGGACGGCCCGGGAGAGGGGUCCCGGCGGGCCUGCUCGCUCCGGGGCUCCGGGCCGCACACACCCGCCUGCCCUUUGCGCCCGCCCGCCCGCAGACAAGGGCCGAGCCGCGGGGCCCGUGUUCGACGACAGCUACCGGCCCGAGCCGCUGACGGUGGAGCUGCAGGUCCAGCUGAACCAGUUCCGCUCGGCCGAGGAGGCGCUGCGCUCCGUCGGCCCGCCCUAG